UGGAUGUAUACACAAUAGCAUGAUUUAUGAAUAUAUCUCAUUUUAUACAGUGUCUGAAAAAAGCAGUACUACUCGUCGGCCAGUAAAUCCUAACACAUCUGAUGAUGAUGACGCUGCGGAAGCAGGUCCAUCAAAAGAAGUAUGGAGCAGCAGAAGUGGCUCUUCUGGAAGACAUCACCACAAGAAACCUGUGGCGGAAAAGAAAGCAAGGUCGUCUGUCCCGGCACAAACACAGCAGGCUACCCCGCCACGAAGAUUAUCGUCCGUAUGUUCGGUGCCCCCACUCCAAAUUAUGGACACACCUCCAAGACGUCAUCCACACUCCCCUCAUCUUGAUUCUUCGAGUCCUGGGACCAGCAUCCCUUCGCAACAACACCAACACAGUGACAUGGAGGAGACAAACAUCUUAGAAAUGCAGCCAUUAAUGCAAGGAAUGAGCCCCCCAGCACCUGUGAGUACACCACCACAGCUAAGCACACCACCACCACAACACAGCCCAACAACACCAGGAACACAAGGCCCUGAUCAUGUGUUUUGGACUAUUUGGGCUAGACAGCAGGCCACUAAUGAAGAUUGCCUGCGUAAGCAGACACAAAUGUUUGCAAGCCUACCAUCUCACCUCAGAAGAAUCUCAAGAAAUCUGAGUCGACAAAAUGAGCAAACAACCAGAAUAGGCAAUACCAUGGAAGUCAUGCGUACAGACAUUACACAGGUCAUGGGCAACUUGGAAGAACAGCACAGACUAAUGGAAGAACAGCACAGACAACAGCAAAGUUAUAUGAACAUUUUUCAAAACAGUCAAAAGAUUAAUGAAAGUUUAAUCAGAAUAGUAGACAAUCAAAAUGCUGCUACACGUGAACUCAAUGCCACCCUCACUAACCUGAAUGAAACUCUCAGAUGCAUGCACCAACAGCAAACAACCAGAAGUUCUGGUACGACUACUCCAAUUAUCACGCCAGUCUCAUCACCACCAAGACGGUCCACCAGAGCACGCCAACAUGACAGUGCUAAAGGCAAAGGCCAGGACAAGCAGCCACCCAAAAAAACGUAAAAAAACAAG